AUGAUUCAGAAGGAACCACAUGGUGAACUCAACGCCGAAACGCGGGAGAACACACAACCAGAAGGACGAAUCUUGGCGCCACGCCAAGAAACCGACGAGGAAGAACCUCUGAAUGACGAAACAGUAGCGGUACGUGCAGCACCAUCAGACGACGAUGAAGUGGUACUGAGAACUGAAGAAGGCGAGCACACCAGCCCAGUUGAAGAAACGGUUAAAACGACGACGACCUCGGACACGACGACCAAGGACGGCGGUGAAGUGAUAGCGGAAUCUAAGACGACGACUAACACCAAUGACGACGUCGAGAACGACGCCAACAACGACGCUAAAGAGGCCGCAUCCACGCGAGACGAGACGAACGCACCUACCAGUGACGCUCAUACCCGACGACGAAGUAGAUCACCAAGGGCAAAUGAAACGACGCGACCAAUGACGAGAGCAACUAAGCGACGCCUGGAAAAUGCGACUAAAACGACGAACGACACUGUAAGGGCGAGCACGGGGAAGCACGAGCCAGACUUAGCACCAGAACAAGUGGCAAGUAGUAUUACGACACCAACAUCGCAAAAACUUGACGACAUCAUGCGAUCAACAACACGUGAGCUAGAACAAGGACCAUCCGUCCCUCAGCACGGUUUAAAGGCGAAACAGAACGACGCCCAUGAACGAGUAAAAUACAAGAAGAAACCGCAACGAGUGACGUGGGCCAUGAACAAACGUACGACGACGACGUCAACCGCAACGACGGGGACGACGAGUACCACCGAGAAUGACAAGGUGUCACGAGACGAGCGGAGACCAGAAAGCACCAUCAACGUACGAACACAGAAGAGCAGUCAACGAACAAAUCGAGAACCAAUUCGAGAAGGAAUCCGGAGACAGAUACGUUACAGCUUACUGAUGAUACGAUUGAAGAAGCACAGAAACGAAGUCGACUAG